AUGACGUGGGUCAUAGUAAUAGCUGCAUCAGCGACAAAUGUAAACAAAACACCCACCGACAGCCACCUGAACGUCAAUUUAGCAUUUGGUGAGAAAUCGGACACAGGAGGAGCGAACACAGCAGUGCUCCUCAUACGCGUCGGCAACGGUCGACCACCAGGUCCUGUUCGAAUGGCGGGAGGGUGGGCAGGUAUUCUCCUGGCCGAUAUGACAGAACGUGAUACGAAUGCGAUAAGGAAGACGACGACGAUGAUCACGGGGGAAAUCGACCGAGUGUAA